AUGAAAAAUAAAGGGGGAUUUCGAGAAGAGGAUGAAUUGGAAGAAAUUUUUAACGAAACUUUUGAGAGAAGUGAGAAUGUAGAUGGUAAUUAUUGGAUGCUAAGCCAGGUGGGCCAACAAUUCGGUAAUUCACGGAAAUCAAAUCGAGUAAAUGAGGAUGAUGAUGUUGAUAAUCAACCAGAGUUUGAUUGUAGAAAACAAAAACAAAUCGUGAAGGAGAAAAAGAAGAAAAAGAAGGUUGUUGCUAGCGACAUUGUGGAUGCGAAAAAUCAUAUACUCGAGCCUCCUAUUGUAAAACCAAGUCGUCCGAGUAGAGUAUUGAAACAUUCUCAAUACCUUAGCUCUCCAUACGUUUCGGUUCAAAAUGUCCACCGAUAUAGUACUGGUGGGGGUUGUAACGCCCUUUCUCUAUACAUGGAAAACAAACCGGCUGUUUUUAUGAAACAUCAGUUAUACAAUGAAAAAAUGGAAGCAAAGCUUUGGGAUCUGCUGUUUUGUGCAACUGACUUGGGAUUUUUAGAUGAAUCGGUAAGGCUUUUGAAUGAGCGGAGACCAAACGAUGAUCGAUGGACAAUCAUGUCAUCGUUAUUUCGGUGCAUUGAGAUGCUCUAG